AGGAGAACGAUAGUUAAACACAUUACCUCACGGGUGCCACGUCUGCGCGCCCGCCGCCGGCGCCGGCCGGCCGACGGCGGGGCUCUUCGCAGCCUCUGCGGCCGCCUUGACAAUGUCCCCGUGACGCCUCCCAUACGACGCGCCGCGGAGGAGGCCCCCCUGCUGGACCGCGGCGCCGCCGUGGCCCGCGCGCCGCCGCAGCCAGCCAAUCUCCUGGGCCGUCGUCGCCGGGAAGAGGUAGCGGCGGCGCGGCGCGGUGCGCGCGGCCGCGAACGCCGCAUAGUGCGUGCCGUAGGAGCUCGCGGGGUCGGGUGCCACCGGCGGCGGCGCGCUCGGGUCGUGGCGGUGCGGCGCCUCCGGGGCUGCCCAGCUCCGAGCGUCGUUCGGCGCGUAGCUGGCGCGGAAGGGCGCGGCGACGAUCUGGACCUUGAGCUCCUUCGCCACGGACUCCUUCCAGCAGCGCAGUUUGGCGUCGUCGAGGGCCGCCUUCUCCUCGGCGGCGGCGUCGCCCAUGUGCCUCCGCUGGGCAGCCCUCCGGAGGGUCAGGACGCAGCUAUGACCGGGCUAGUCGUGGCGUUUGCCGAGUGGUCCAAGAGCAAGACGCACGAAUUUGGCACGUCUCGCUCGGGCAGCCUCCGCAGCGGGCAAGGGCGCUCAAAA